GUAUACUGUGGUAGAUAAGUAUGCGUGAAUGUGGGUAUCUCACUAUUCAUAAAUUCUUUACUGAAUUUUUUCAGCAAAACCCGAAAUCGUUGCAGAGGUAGGGGAGGCUGAUUUGCGAUUUUGAACUAUUUCCCUGUCUUGCGUGAAUUCUCUGCACAGAAGAAGCUCAUGGGUGGAAAGGCGGCUGCUUCUGCGAUUCAUCUGAUCCGUCAAAUGAUGCUGUUUUCUUGUUUCGUUAAAUGCUCAGAAUGCGCCCGCAGCCUUGUGUUUUUGAGUUUAAUAAACUACUGACCUCUAUUGUCAAGAUGAAAAAACUACAAUUGGCUGUUAUUCGUAGAGGAUUUGCUGCGAACAAGAGAGGUACUGUAACUUCUCCAUUCUCUUUUGUCUCUUCAUCUUUUCAUAACCUCAGCCACAAAAAUAGGCCGUCUUCGCCUAAACCCAGAAUAGAUUUCAGUUGUAUUCAUGAAGUAGAUGAUGCUGUUUUCUUGUUUCGUCAAAUGCUCAAAAUGCGCCCACAGCCUUCUGUUGUUCAAUUCACCAAAUUGUUGAAUGUUGUUGUCAAGAUGAAACAAUACCGUGUUGCCCUUAAUGUAUUCGACGAAAUGCGUCAAUCGGGUGUCCCUGUCAACCAGUGGACAAUGAAUAUUGAAAUUAAUUGCUAUUGCCUUCUCAAUCGAGUAGACUUUGCAUUUGCUAUCUUGGGCAGCUUCUUCAAGUGCGGUUACAAGCCAGAUGUCACUACUUUCACCACCCUUAUAAAAGGGCUCUUUUUAGGUGAUAAAGUCGUUGAGGCAGAAAAAUUAUUCAAAAAGUUAUUGAGGCUGAAACUCUGUGAACCUGAUGAAGUUACUAUUCUUACUGUGAUAAAUGGGCUAUGCAAAGCUGGACACACUCUCACUGCAUAUGAUUUGCUUGGGUUAUUUGAAAAGACAAGCUUCAAACCUAAUGUUUAUUCUUAUAACACAGUGAUUGACAGUUUGUGCAAGGAUCGCAUGGUUGAUGAUGCACUCCAGCUCCUAGCCAAAAUGAUUGACAAGGGUAUUGCACCCGACAUUGUAACGUAUAGUUCAGUGGUUCAAGGUUUGUGCAAUUUCGGUAGAUGGAAAGAGGCGAAAGACUUAAUUACUGAAAUGGUGGAUCACAAGAUAUCUCUAGAUGCGAUUAUUUUUAAUAUAUUGGUGGAUGCAUUUUGCAAAGAAGGACUGGUCAAAGAGGCUGAAGAUGUUGUUGAAAUUAUGAUGCAAAGAAACAUUUCUCCUGAUGUUGUCACGUACACUACUCUCGUAGAUGGUUACAGCUUGGUUGGGCAAAUUGAUAAAGCAAGAAAACUACUUGACUCCAUGCCAGGUAAAGGUUUGAAGCCUUGUAUCAUCAGCUAUUGUAGCUUGAUCAAUGGAUAUUGCAAGAAUGGAAAGGUAGAGGAAGCUUGGGGCCUUUUCCUCGAAGUUCCUCGUAAAGGGUUACAUUACAAUGUAGUUACCUAUAACACCAUGCUACAAGGAUUAUUUCGUGCAGGUAGAUGUGCUCAUGGAUUGAAGCUUUUCAAAGAUAUGCAAGCUCAGCAACUAAUUCCGAAUUUAAUGACUUACAAUACCUUGUUGAAUGGCUUGUGCAUGAACAAGCAGAUUACUGAAGCAUUUUCUUUCCUGCAUAUAAUGGAAGUCCAAGGUGUUAAUCCUAAUAUAGUCACAUACGGUAUACUGAUCCAUGGGUUGUGCAAGGAUGGUAAACAUGAGAUUGCAAGAAAUCUUUUCAAUGACCUUCCUUCCAAAGGUUUGCAACCCGAUGUUCAGAUAUAUACAACCAUUAUUGGUUCGCUUUGUCAAGAAGAACUUGUAGACGAGGCAAAACUUUUGCUUCUAGAAAUGGAAAAAAGUGGCAGUUCACCCAAUAUUAUUACAUAUGAAGUUAUAAUCAAGGAGUUGCUUAAAAGGAAUAAGCUUUCUGAGGCAAAGACAUUCUUGGAUGAAAUGUCUACACGGGGACUCUUACUAAAUUCUGCUGAAGGUAUCAAUAUCAAUCUUGGUGUUGUUACUCGUUAGAAAGAGUUGCAUGUCAUUGCUUGUUACAUUAUCUAUUUUCUCUCUGAAAGUGUAAAAUGACAAACUUUCUGGAUCUCAAACUGCUGACAGUGCUAAUUCUUGAUGUAUGCUAUAGCAUAUGUAUAAUACGUGCGAAAUAAUUUACUUG